AUGUACCAGUCCCACCAGCGCUACCCGUCCACAGCGACUGAUGAGGAUGACUUCGAGCAACAAGAAAGAGCUGCCGCAAUCGCUGAGAUGCAAAUGUUCUGCCGGCACUUGCGUGAGGCUAUCGUCAACCCUGGCAGGCUUCGCGCGGGUGAUGUCAGCGACUUGCAAGACCUCGGGCACGCUUUGUGGGGGCCGAGACAGACACAGACAACAAGAAAGACGACGCAAGACAGACUACUUUGCACCAUGAGAGCUCCGGUGGCGCAAGCAGUACGGGAGUUCGGUCCCAUGGACAACCUGGCAGGCCUGCCACCAGUAUAUCCAACGAACUGGCACCUGGCCUUGAUCCGCUCGACCUCAUCUCUGAUUGUGACUGGGAACGUUUGUAUGAACAAGCUCUGCUGGCUGAUGCCGAAGGCUACUCGGAGAGUCCACCACAUGAUCCAAGACUCGGCGGAGCCGCCACGCAAAGCUCAGCUGAUGACUUCUUCGUCAUGA